AUUCGCAGCCAGUACGCUCAGGAACGGGACGCGGGAACAACGGGCACACACGAUUAAAAAAGAAAAUUAAAAAAAUAAAUAAACACAGCCCUACAUAAAAACAAGCUUGUCUAUCUUUGAGUCAUUAGAUAGAUAAUAAAUGUGCUAGGGUCAGCACAUUACUUGCUUUCGUUUCAAUAUCAUUCUUAGUCGAGACAUCGCGUCAAUCAUACGCUCGUCGGUUUUUAUUUUUGUAAAUUAUUUUUUUUUAAACAUGCGCCCUCUGUAUGCAAAUUAAGUAUCAGUCGGUCGUCGGGUUAUCGGUGCAUUUUUUGUUUUACGAAAUAAAAAAAGAUAAGGGCUUCGGAAAGAUGGUGAAGAAUCAGUGUGAUGCGCGGCCAGUGAAAGCUUACAUCAUGAGUGAUUUGCUGAAGAAAUUCGACAAUGAUACGAGGAACGAUGUCGUUCAGAUUGCCGUCGCGAUCGCAGGAUUCUAUCUGGGCGUAUUCUGCCUGGAGUAUGUGGACACAGAGUACAGUCUAUGGCUGACGUGGUUCCUGAUGCCGGUGAUCGUGACCUUCCUGCUGCCGGCCGUCAUCAUCGUCCUCAUCUACAUCAGCGCCAUCAUCUUCCAUCUCUACAGGCUCUACAGGAUGAACGUGGUAGACGGCGUACAACCAGAUUGGAAGCAUGCAGCACGACUCGCCGUAUGCGCGCUAUGGGACGCACACGGAUGGUUGUGGCAUGGCUACGACAUAAAAGGUCUGGAGAACAUACCGGACGGUCCGUUCCUGGUGAUCUACUACCACGGAGCGCUGCCCAUCGACAUGUACUACUUCAUCGCCCGCAUGUUGCUCUUCAAGCGAAGACACAUACACACUGUGGCCGACCGGUUCAUGUUCAAGAUACCUGGUUGGGCGACCCUUCUAGAAGGUUUAUGCGUGAUUCCGGGGACGGUACAGACUUGCGCGUCAGUGCUACGUAAUGGCAACCCCCUGGCUAUAUCCCCGGGCGGUGUGUACGAGGCGCAGUUCGGGGAUCACUACUACAGACUCAACUGGAGGAACCGGAUCGGAUUCGCUAAGGUCGCCCAGGAAGCUAAAGUGCCCAUCAUACCGAUGUUCACGCAGAAUGUGCGAGAGGCGUUCCGAACAGUCGGUUGGCUGCGAGGCGUCUGGCUGAAGAUAUACGCCACGUUCAGAAUGCCACUCGCGCCAGUGUAUGGCGGGUUCCCAGUCAAACUCAUUACUCAUCUCGGCAAGCCCAUUCCUUACGACCCUGAGUUGACGCCCGAACAAUUACAACGAAAGGUCGCCCACGCGAUAGAAGAGCUAGUAGACGAACACCAGAGGAUCCCCGGCAGUAUCCUCCAAGCCCUCUUAGAGAGGGUGCACGAAAUCCCCAAGAGGAGGAAAGACUCUCCCCUCACCAAUGGAAAGUGCCAAAAUGGCACUCUUAAGACAGAAGACAGUGAAAAAAGUGCUAGUGGCAAGUCGAAAGUUUCAUAAACUUACUUUAACAUUUUAGUGACUGAUUAUAAAUAAAUCUUUUAUAUAAGUGUGUAAAUUUUGUGACUAAAACGCCUAAACGGCUGGAUGUAUUCGGAUGAAAUUUUCCUCUUGUAUAGAUGGGACUGGAGAUAGCUAUUGAUAUUUUAACACGUCAAACGCCAUGCGGGUAAAAGUGAUUGUCGCUAGCAUAGUUUUUGGCUUCAACGGUUUUCUAUCGGCUGUCAAAGGGUUAAUAGUAAGUUGUGAUUGAAUUUGACGAGGUUUUGGUAAGUCUCUCAACUUAAUCUAGUUUAUGAGUCAAAAAUAGUUUCAAAUCAUAAAAUGUUUGGUGGAUUUUCGAUAAAACUAAUUACGUUUUAUGGUAUGAUGUGUAUUUUAGCGAAUAGAGCGGGAAGGUUUCGCUUAUAUCAUGUUAUUUUGGUAAUUGGCUCGCCCCCUAUUCACAUGAGUAGGUACUGAAAAGUAGAAAAAAUGACUUUAUUGGUCAUUUAUAAAUAUGGUGUUAGCAAUUUUUGCACUCAAACUCUUGUGAGACAUAUUCAAUUAAUUAUGUUUUCCGGCUUACUCACGUAAUUGUUUGAGGUAACUUGACUAGUUUCGAGCCACACUCGGGGCUCAAAAAGUAUGUGAAUAAGCUGUAAAAUAUAGUUGUAAUUUGCAAUAAUAUGUAUUGUAAAAUAUUUCAUGUUUGUGUUGAAAUGUAAAUACUCAAUAUGAUUAUAUAUAAACUAGACCUCCCUGUACAUAAUUGGCUUAUAUAAAAGCUUUGUACAGGAUUUUAGAAUUUAAAACUAUAUUUGCGUGAUUGCUUCUAAAAUAUUAUGUUAUUUUAUUUUGUACCUUGUACCCUUAAUUAUAGCAUUUAAAUUUGACUAACAAAGGUAUAAAGGUCCUUUUUUAUAUAGUCGUGUUUGUAUAUAUUAUGUUUUUAGUUAUAAAAUAUUGGCCUAGCAAGUUAUAAUAAAAUAAAGGUACACAUCCACAGGCCCGCAUCGUACGCAACGGAUUUUAGUUUGUCUUGUAUAGAAACUCAUACAACUGCGUCCACUGAUCCGCAUCAUCAGCAAUGCCUACAUGCGACGCGUACUGAUGACGUCAUACGGAAUGCGUGCGAUGCGUACGAUGCGGGCCUGUGGACGCUACUUAAUUCUACUCUUUUUGAAGCAUAUCUAUGUAUAUGGUAGUUAUAUAAUAAUAUAUACAAACAUAUGUAUUAUAAUGCGUUCUCUAUCUAAAUAAAACGAUAGUUUAGAAUGAAAAAAACUUUAUUUUAGAAAAAUCUGUUUAGAACGUAAUGUUUUUUGUCCAAUCGAAAAGAAAUUAUGAUUGCAUUCCUUUUGUUUACUUAGUUUUGUACAUUUUUAGCGUUUUAUCGAAUUUAAACAUUAAGUAUUUGUAAUGCUUUUUUUAUAUAUGUAUAUCGCACACCUAGUAAUAUAUUGGCACAUUUACGGUUUUAAUAGUUUACCUGACUUGUUUAGUUUUUAGUUUACUGACCAAUGAACCGUUGUUUUACGUGCGUGAGGGGGAAAACUACAAUAAUGGUAUAAUGACACUUACGACCUCUCUCGAUGAAUAUGGAAAUAAAUAGAUUAAUAUGCACUUUUAAACACGUAAACCAUAUAAAGUCAAUUUCGCAUAUUUAGCAGAUGUGCCAAUAUAUUACGAGGUGAGCGAUGUGUCUAUUAUACAUAAUGUAAUAUAAUAUAAUGUCGUACAUAAAGUUACUUGAAUGUGAUAAAUAAGAAAUUGGAAUUCCAAAUUCUUUGGUAGAAUAAUACAUAUAUCGACGUCAAAUAUUUUUGUCUCCUCUCUUUUUUAUUACGUAUGAUAGAAAGAGAUGACUAUAUACAGUGUGAAUUUUACACAAUUUACUUACCCAGAACAGGACAAAAUACAUAACAAAUAACAAAUGUAACGAUAGCUCCCAAAUACACAACUUUAGUGCCUAACUAGCGACCUCUCCUAAUUUUAAAGGACCCCCUAAACUAAAAUAGGUGACAUUUAACGACUUUUCCAACCUAUGAUUGACACCUAAAAGUACUAGUAAGAGGUUAUUUUAAUAACGUUUAUAGGCUUAUCAUACUAGCGGUUUACGAGCGGUUGCGGGGAGGGACGGGUGUGCAUCGAAUACGUCGCGAAUAUGCCGCGGCUGGAAAGCGAAGACGUCGCGGGCGCGUGGUAAAUUCACAACGUUUUAGUCGCGUGUUUGUAGCAAGUCAAUGAAUUCGUAUUCGUUGCGCGCCCGAAACUUAUUCAUCCAUCAGUUAUCCGCUAGACCGCUAAUAUGAUAAGGCCAUUAUUUUAAGAGAUGCUUUAGGGGAGGCAGGUGGUAAUGGCUAUUAGUUCUACUUAAAUUUCACACUAUUAAUAAUGGACUAAGGGGGAGGCCUUUGUUCAGCAGUGGACGUCUCUCGACUGAUGAUGAUGAUGAAUAAAUAAUCAGAAUACAGAGAAAAAUGGGCACUUUUGUGUUAUCUAGUACAAAGUAAUUUUGCCGUGGGAAAAGAAUCCUUAAUGUAAAAUUCACGCUGUAUGUUAAGUGUGCUUAAACUAUUUUGUUAGCAUUUCGAGUUUCCAUAAUUAUUGCAUUUCGUUUGCAAAGUUGUAUUUGAAUGUGACCGCGAUACAAAUAUAGCAUUUUUAGUAUAGAACCACAACAUUUUAGUUAUGUUGUGUUUGUGAGCCCUUUUAUUUAGAUAACAUAGUCGUACGACCUGGUCGCGUAACCAACACAAUGUAUAGGUUACAUUUGAGCCAAGAUCGAUGUCAAACAAAUUUAAAUUAACACAAAGACAUACUUGUCUUCUAACCACAUGAAAUGGCACUUUUCUGUGCUUCAGAACUGUUACUUAUUAAAUAGAUUGAGAAAAAGGCCAACGUCUCUAGGCAAAUGCCACUUUAGCGCUUGUGGACAAGGAGAGAGUACAAAACUCAAUGUAUAAGAAUGACACUGAUAAGUGUCAAAAUGUUCGUCGGUCCCAUAUAAUUUAGCUUUCUAGUCUACAAGUAGACAAGUGCUAAAUGUGUACAAAAGGCAUUUGGCUACAUUUGGCUACAGACUCAGGAGUGCUAUUAAAGAGAACAUUUUACAUUAGUCUUCUUACAUCUGGCUUCGCCUAAUUAUAAUGUGUCUUUUUGUGGAAACUUCGGUUGAGCGACUUGAUCGUAUGACCAUCGUGAUCUAAUAAAACAGGGCCGUAAUAGUUUAUAGUCACAAUGAAGAAAAAUAAGGAAUAGACAAUCAGAUGCUCUAAUGAUAAAUCAGAUUCAAAAGUUAAUACUGAAUUAUUGAGUUCAAACUCGGCAAUGCACUUGUAACGCCUCUGGUGUUGCGGGUGUCCAAGAGAGGCAUUAAUUGCCGACCUAUCCUAAUUUUUUGCAAUUACCAUAAGGUCGAUUUUUCAAUAGCAAACUAAUUUCGCCUGAUUGUCUAUUUAAUAGUUUUAUCUUUAGUAUAAUUUCUUAGUGAGAUUUUUUCGAAUUUCGAAUGAAUGUUAAAAUUAAAUUAAUAUCUUAUGUCAAGUCUGAAUCAGUGUCAUCUAAUUAUAGGCUGAUCGUGUAAUCGAUUAAAAAUAUUAAUAGUUAUUUAAUAAUACAAUGCAAUUUACAACCGUAUUCCUAACGGCGUUAGGUUCAAAUUUCUAUAAAUGGGAUGUUGUAAUACUGUAAAAUUAAUGUUGUAUAAAACAAAUAAUGUUUAAUUAAUUUAAAUUUCUUUAUAAGUUUCGUAUUUUGAACUAACAAUAGAAUGAUGAGUUUCACUUUUGUCAAUCGAUUUUGAGUCUUAUUGUCCAUUGUAUAAGAAAGGCGUUGUCUUAUUUUCUAUCUAUUUUAUUGUUAAAGUAAUAGAGAUCAAAAUCGACUGGCAUGAUUGUGAAUGUAUUUUCUCAAUUAUCAUUAUAAUCUUCUCUUACAGUUCAAACCUUAACUUAGGAAGACAAAUCUUAAUUUCAUGUCUUAUUUAAAUUGUGAUAAAGUUCAAUUUCGGUUUAGCAAAUUAACAAAUUAUUUAAUCCAUUGGUAAAUUUGACUGUGAUCCUUAUUUCUAUGUAAAUAAGGAUGAUUUUCAUAAAUCAAGAUUCUCUUUGAAAAUGUAUGUAUGUAUAGUGCCACAGUUUUAUACCAAACUCUAUGUAGACUGCUAGCGUGUUUGUAUUCUUUAUAUACUUAAUUCGAAAACAAAUACUUAAUAUAUAAGGAGAUAUUUUAUA